AUGAUCAAAAAUGGCUGCCUUGUUGUUGGGGACUGUUGGGCGCUUGUUUAGGGAAUAAAUGUUUAUUUCUUUCUUUUGUUGUGUAUCCUAUUUAACGUUUGUGUAAUGCUUUGUGAAGUACAAUACAUUGUUUAAUUUAUUGAUUAUUCACCCAGCAGUUGCCCCAAGGAGAGCAUUAGCUGAUGUUUACCAAGGAAUAUCCCACCAUUAAUAUAAGCAUAUGUUAAUUAAAACACAAGUGUGUUUCUUUGUGUUGUAAGGGUAUAUUAUGUCCAAGAUGUGGCCUCAAUCGCAAUACUCUCACACUAACACUCACUAUCAAAAUAAUGCUGCCAAAACAAAUGAACACCAGAACCAGCAGAAUUUGAAGACAUUGGGGAUGACCUCUGCUAUAUCUAUGGCAGGCCCGAAACCUAUUGACAUAGAGAAGACAAAUGAAUUGAAAGAAUCACUUGUGCCAUUUGGUGUGUUUGAGUCGGAGGCUGAAAUGCACCAUCGUAUGGAGGUGUUGGGUUCGUUGCACCGACUCGUCAGACAGUGGAUACGAGAAGAGUCGCUGAGGAAGAACAUGCCACCAAGUGUAGCAGAAACCGUUGGAGGGAAUAUUUAUACAUUUGGUUCUUAUAGACUUGGGGUGCACCACAGGGGGGCGGAUAUUGACGCAUUGUGUGUGGCGCCGAGGCACAUUGACCGGACUGAUUACUUUCAAUCCUUCUACGAGCUCCUGAAGUCUCAGCCGCAGGUUAAAGAUUUGAGAGCUGUGGAGGAUGCCUUCGUGCCAGUAAUAAAGAUGAAUUUUGACGGAAUAGAGAUUGACUUGUUGUUCGCAAGACUUGCCCUCAAAGAGAUACCAGACUCGUUUGACCUCCGCGAUGACAUGCUUUUGAAGAAUUUGGACCAGAAAUGCGUGAGAUCACUCAAUGGGUGCCGCGUCACAGAUGAGAUAUUACGUCUCGUGCCCAACAUUAACAACUUCCGCUUGACGUUACGCGCUAUAAAACUCUGGGCUAAACGUCACGGCAUCUACUCGAACACGCUGGGCUACCUGGGUGGUGUGUCGUGGGCGAUGCUGGUGGCGCGCACUUGCCAGCUGUACCCCAACGCGUUGCCGGCCACGCUGGUGCACAAGUUCUUCCUCGUCUUCAGCCAGUGGAAGUGGCCACAGCCCGUUCUUUUAAAGCAGCCCGACGCGGUCAACCUCGGCUUCCCUGUAUGGGACCCAAGGGUGAACGUGUCCGACCGGUUCCAUUUGAUGCCGAUCAUCACGCCUGCGUACCCUCAGCAGAACUCCACUUUCAACGUGUCCGCAUCAACUAGAACCGUCAUCAUGGAGGAGUUUAGACUUGGUCUAGCUAUAACAGAUGAGAUAAUGCUAGGCAAAUGCAACUGGGAGCGACUCUUCGAGGCGCCAAAUUUCUUCUCACGUUACAAGCAUUUUAUCGUUCUUCUAGCAUCUUCUGCCAACCCCGUUGAUCAAUUACAAUGGUGUGGACUCAUUGAGAGUCGGAUUCGACAUCUCAUUACGACCCUCGAAAGGAACCAGUUCAUAACUAUAGCACACGUUAACCCAGAGUGUUACAACUCGGUGCCACUCAAUACUAACAAUGGACAGCCCCUCGCACUGCCUCCUGGCACACCUGUACCCAAUGAUCCAGCGCCCGAAAUUAAAAAGAAUGAAGAGGGCGAGGUGAUCGCGAACUACUGCUCCAUGUGGUUCAUAGGGCUCGUCUUCGAGAAAACCAAUGUGAAUGUGGACCUGACGUAUGAUAUAUCAUCGUUCACCAAAGCAGUUCACUACCAGGCAGAGAACACUAGCAUGCUGCGUGAGGGAAUGAGCAUUGAGGCGCGGCACGUGCGUCGCAAGCAGUUGCACCAGUACCUGUGCGCGUCGCUGCUGCAGAAGCGCGAGCGCACCGUGUCGGGGGCCAAGCGCCGCCCGCCGGAGCCCGCGCCCGCACAGCCGCACAAGCGCACGCGCCGCCUCUCCGACAGCAGCACUGACGAAGUGAGCAUAUUAUCCUACAAUGAUGACUCAAAUUCCUCAAACAUAUACGAGGUUAACAUCCAGAAUGGAACUACACCAGCACAGGUGACAACUGAACAAAUGGAACAGAACCGGAACAAGACAGAGAAACCGAUCCAGCCCACUGAACAUCCGUCAACAUCAAAUAGUAUAGUUUGUACGUAGCAGUACGAGCAAUGGCGUAAUCGGUUCAUAUUCGGAACCAGCAACGUCAAAAUUAACAAACUGAAACGUGUUUAAACAAAAUGUUUUAUGUGACCAUAAAUGUACAUCGUAACUAUGUCUUCUCAGUGUCAGUGUUGGAUUAUAGUGUACUUUCAUGAAGAAUGUGAUUCUAGUAUAAGAACCUUGACGAAGUGACUCUUAAAGCUAAUUGGUGCAAUUCCGGUUUUCCCUUGUUGUGGAGCCCUGUGGAAUUAUGUAUUGGUAAGUUGAUUGAUAUAUGUUAAUUAUUGUUUGCAUAUGCCUAUGCAUACGAAGUAAACUUGGUAUUCACUUUGUGAAAUCAUUAAGAGUAAGUUAGAACAUUUUUUGAUAUUUACUAGUUAUCAUAAUCAGCUAUGAGCAUAGCUUGUUUAAUAAGUGGGAGCUGAAUGACUUUCUCUUAUUAAAGGUUGCUUUGAAUAAAAUUUGAGAUUUUUUUAUUUCAUCUUAAUGACAAUAUGGCUAAUAUUAUCCACAUUUAUUCAACUCAAUUGAGAUUUUUUUAUUUCACUUUCAUCUUAAUGACAAUAUGGCUAGUAUUAUCCACAUUUAUUCAACUCUACGUCAGCCUAUGGUAGACAUGUUUAACAUAUUUCAGAUUCAAAACAAUUUAUUUAUUUGCAUUGCUGGCAUAUGUUGCAAGGACCUAACAUUGUCAUUAUAUGUCUUUUCGAUAAUUACAUUAAGAUCGUUAAUAUUAU